AUGUUUUUCUGUUAGUGGCAUCGAGGCCGGCCUGUCGAUAGCACCGGAGUUGUUUCACUUAUCAGCACUUUUUGACUCUGAUCGACAGCGAUGCCGAUAAGCCUGACAAGCGUGGAAUUUUAUAUAAGGAAAAAAGCUAAGUGAACGUUUUAUUGGUACAAUUGUUUCAUAAAUCAUCGCGUGAGAGAAUUACUUUCGUCGGACGUACCUAAUAAAUUAAUUAAAAAGGUGGUGAAUUUUCAACUCUUUUAACUUGAAACAAAAGAGUUAUUUUACCGCGUUAUGUAUAAUUUGCAACAAAUAUACGGCAAUAAUUAUCGGUAAAAUUUUAAUCUAACAAUGAAUCUGAAUGUUCGAUGCUCAAGUCAUGUGACUUUAUUAAACAAUCAAGUAUUUAAUUCAAGUGACAGUUGAAAUUUGCAGUGACAAAUGAUCAUCGUAUGAUUACAAACAAUUCGAUAAAAAGAAUGCAAGAAUGUAGCUAUUAAUGUGUCUUAAGAAUAAUGCUAUUUUUCUAAAGUGAAACAUUUAACACUUUAUUGUGCACCGAUACAAGAUCAUAGAGAGAUUAGCGAGAAUCGUAAAGUUUGAGAGGUGUUAAAAGAAUUUGCUUUGGACAUGCUUUGGACGAAGAUAACAUGAGGUUCUCAUGCUUCCCGAGGGCCAACAUCCUCGGGCAGAGGGGUAGCAUCAAUCUCACCCCUCUGCCGGGCUACGAGGACUCUAGUUUCACAAUAGGCGUCGUACGUCUUAUUAACAUACGUCCGUUACCUGGUACCUUGCCUCCUGUAAAUGGCACUGUUUCGUCUUCAUCCGAAUCAUUCACAUCACUCACGAAAGUCAUAGUGUCGUCACCGCCAUCUGAAACCAAUCAUGUCAAACACCUUUCAUCACAUCAAGAAGAGUCCAGAUUAGAAGAUGCGGCUGCUGUGAACAAUGGCGAACAACACGUGAAUAAUCCAAGGGGUGGCGUCAUCGGAAGAACGCCAACGCCACCCUCGGCACCAACACCCGUAUACGAGAAAGAUGCUAGGAGUGCCAGGCAAAUUAAAAGGGCUAUAUUGGAGAACGAAUUUCUGGGUAAUCUUGAAGAAAAUCAGAUGGAGUCACUCGUUUCUGCCAUGUAUCCAAAACAAAUUCUCGCUAAUACUCAAGUUAUCCGAGAGGGCGAUAUAGGAUCGCACUUGUAUGUGUCGGCGGAAGGAGAUUUCGACAUUUACGAGGGGAACAAAUUCCAAAGAAGUUUCGGACCAGGAGUUGCGUUUGGAGAAAUUGCUCUAUUGUAUAACACGAAAAGACUUCGAUCUAUUAGGGUAAAGAAAGCUGGAAAAGUAUGGGUUCUCGACAGAUCAGUGUUUUUAACUAUAAUGAUGAGAACAGCUCAGGAACAACUGGAGGGCAACAUCCGUUUCCUCCAACGCGUUUCCGUUCUUCAAAAACUUCCGGAACCCAAGGAUCAUGUGCUCGCGAAGAUAUCCGAUCUUAUAAGAGUAGAAUUUUUCCCGGCUGGAGCGAAAAUACUGCGACAAGGCGAGAAGGGUGAGAAAUUCUAUAUAAUCAGCGGCGGCAACGUACGAAUCACCAAAGACAUCGAGUACGGAGGCGAGGAGGAAUUAGUAGUUCUCGGCAAAGGAGAUUACUUCGGCGAAUUGGCUCUCUACGAUGACGAGGGUGAACGACGUGCCAACGCGAUCGCGCUUGCACCUGGUGUCGAAUGCUUGACUCUGGAUAGAACGUCAUUCCUGAACUAUCUGGGUAGUCUGGAUGAAAUUCGUAACAAGGACUGGUUAGCUGAAUACGAGAAGCAAAAGCGUUCGUUGACCCCAAAGAAGUGGACUAACGAGUAUGCAAAUUUAACCUUGAUCGACCUUGAAACGAGGGGAACGUUAGGAGUUGGUGGAUUCGGCCGUGUUGAAUUGGUGACACUCAGAUCCGACCCGAAUAAGAGCUUCGCUCUAAAAAAACUCAAGAAGAAGGUCAUGGUUGAGCAACAACAGCAAGAACACGUGCUGAAUGAGAAACAUAUUAUGCAAGCGUGCGAUUCUCCUUUCAUAUGCAAGCUUUAUCAAACAUACAAGGAUAGCAAGUACGUCUAUUUUCUCAUGGAAGUGUGUCUCGGUGGAGAUGUUUGGACGACUCUUCAAAGGAGACGUCUUUUCGAUGACGCCACUACACAGUUUAUGGUCGGCUGUGUAGUAGAAGCCCUCGAUCAUCUUCACUCACUGAACAUUGUUUACCGAGAUCUCAAACCGGAAAAUCUUAUGCUCGACACACGUGGCUAUCUAAAGUUGGUGGACUUCGGUUUUAGUAAGAAAAUUGGUCCGGCCAAAACGUGGACGUUUGCCGGUACGCCAGAGUAUGUCGCACCGGAAAUUAUUUUGAAUAAAGGCCAUGACAGAGCGGUGGAUUACUGGGCUCUUGGCAUCCUAACACAUGAGCUUCUCGUUGGUAAGCCGCCUUUCCGAGGUUCCGAUCAUAUGACGACUUAUAACAAUAUUCUCAAAGGGAUCGAAAUGGUUAGUAUACCAAACAUUGUCAACAAAAACGCUAAUAAUCUCAUCAAGAAACUACUCCGUUUGAACGCUUCCGAACGAUUGGGUUACCAGCGAAACGGGAUACAAGAUAUUCGCGAUCACAAAUGGUUUUCCGGAUUCAACUGGCAAGCGCUUCAAAGAUUGGCUCUACCAGCUCCCAUUGUACCAACGGUACGACAUCAACUCGAUACACGAAACUUUGAAAGAUAUCCACCUGAUCGCGAUAUUCCACCGGAUGAAUUUUCCGGCUGGGACAUGGAAUUCUGAAAAUAAAUUCUUGGUGUAACACAGAUAGAUACAAUA